CAGACUGCCCACACACACACACACUCUCACGUCACACACACCUCAUCAUCCCACAGUGACAGAGGAGGUGAAACUCGCACCAGUGGGGAGAUGCUGCCGGCCACAGACUGAGAGAGAAAACCACAACAGCAACCUUCAAACCUCAGUGGAUUCAGACACACUGCACCUUAGCCUCCGGAGAGUCCGACACACUCCUGUUGCACUGAGAAGAAGCGUUUUACCACAAAGGACACGACUGCCGACAGAAAGGGAGUAGGACUUGCAGCAUUGAGACUGUACCUGAUCCCACCAGCAAAGCAUACUCCUUCAAAGGAACCUGACUCUCAGCCUCGGUGAAACACGACCUGCCAAACCGAGACAGACAGGGGUUCACGACAGUCUCUGGCAACCAGGAGCGGAGGCAGGAUGCUGGCCAAAAUCCUUGAGGACAUGUGGGUGGAGCCGGAGGUGCUGGAGGCUCUGAGCGAGGAGCAGAGGAGGAUCCUCUUCUUCAAGAUGAGAGAGGAGCAGGUACGGCGCUGGAGAGAGAGGGAGGAGAGGGAGGAGAAGGAGGCACAAGACAACAAUAACAGCAGCAGCAGGCCAAAGAAAGCUUCCAGUAAGCAUGUGAGCUGGCUGCUUGGCCGGGACGGAGAUGUGAGCGUCAGUGUGAUAGGAGAGAUGGACGAGUUCAGGUCCUCCAAACUGCUCAAGAGCCUCAUCAACAACAGACUGCAGAGUGAUAGUAUGAAUGGCAUCCAGACAGUGGACUUGCUGCCAGAAACAGAGGCCCAGCCGCUCUGCUUUAAAGAAGACAUACAGCUGCCCCUAACAGAUAGUGGCUCCGUUACACCAAACGAGCAGUCAUCUGAGGAGGAGAUGGACCUCAAGGACCUCACCGAGGACAGCGACAGCGAAUUAGGCAGCAGCAUGGACAACCUCAGCGACUGGGCUCGUCUCCACAGGCCCCAGCCCGGUAGCCAUGGCAACCAGCUGUCACUCAAAGCCCAGCUGUCAGACACAGAGAGGCCCCACCCACAGGACAGAGCGGCUGUGUGCUGUCUGGAGGAGAAACCAGCAUUCGGAGGUCGUGUGGCACAACUCAGAAAGCAAUUUGCUACCGGAGACGCUGAUCCCCGCAGCACGCCGGGCUACACCAAGCCUCCUCUACCUGCCAAACCCCCACACCUACAGACAAGGAGCACUCCAUCACUGCACUAGGGGACUAUCCAGCCAGCCCAGAGUCCAUACGGUUACCUCUAUGACCUCAACGAUACGUCUCACGGGGCAGAUGAAGCCCUGAGCAGAGAAGGACUCCAUGGCUACUUGACAACACUGCCGGGCCAGGCUGGACGGGGUACAUUCGAGGACCGCGCACAGGUGGAAAUUGGGAUCAUUACUUGAACCUGAGCCAUGAACUGAGAUAAACUAAGUCAGGUCUCACUUCAAGGACUGACCCAUAGCCAGAGACAUCUGUGGGUGGAGGGAGCGAAGAAGCUUUUGAACUGCGGUUCACCUGAAUGAGAGUGAGGCAGCUUUGAUGUUGCUGAGUUCAAAUACACUCAUCCAGUUACUUGAGACUGACAGGCAAAGAGAGGGACAGAUGAUCAGAGAGACAGACAGACAGACCCUGGACUGGCCCAACACUAACUUGAAGAAGUGGUUGCCAUGCUGGCAGCCAGACACUAACUUACUGUUGCUGAAAUAUUUAAUCCAUGUGUUAAUGGGAGUGAUUAAUGAAACACUGAUAAGAAUGUUUAAACACAAAAUGUAUUACAUAAAUACAACCAAUAUGUAUAUAAUAUAAAUACAAUUUUCUUUUUCAUUUCUAUUCAACUUGUUUCUUUAACAGUUUGUCAUUGUAUGUAACUGGCAUCUGUCUGGCCUUCACAAGGCCUCCGUUGCAAAUACAGCUCCCUGAUCUGAAUGGAGCUAGGUUAAAAUAAGAUCAAUUUCACCCACAGAAGUAUCACAGAACUUGAAACUCCACUGAGGUUCUGUGGAAAAUCUAUAACUCUAUAUUGCUAUAUUUCUAAUAAAUGUAUUAAUCGGUUUUGCCCCGUCAUGUGCAGCGAAAUUUGACCAGUUCGGCAAUAAACACACUGCUCUGGGCGAUGUGAAAGAAAAUGCAACAUGGGGGAGUACACAAAUAAGCAAAUAAAUAAAUGAAUAAAAAAAUGAAUAAAUAAAUGCAAUGGGGUUUGCAAUCAGGAGUGAGGCAGGACUAAAAUACAUUUAUGUGUUUAAUGAUUUCAUAGCUCAUAUUAUCCUAGUGAUACUGAUCAACUAGCAUUAAAGCAGCCAAUAUGGAAAGUUCAAGUUUUACAAAUUACUUAAGUGCUCUUGAACAUCAUGUCGCCCUAAUGAACAGAAAAGACGGUGUGAAAUGGACAACAAUUGACAAAUCGGGAUUCAACCGUUAACAGUGUUUCAGUUUUACCAGCAUUGGAGCUGUUUAGGAAUUUGUUAGCAAUGUUGAUGGUAGUCAAUGAGAACCAUGUAUUUGUAAAAUCAUGUGUAGACCCUUCUGCACUGUUGAAAUCUAUGGUGAAAAAUAUGUUCAAAAAAUAUGGUCUCUUACAACUAAACUUCACUGUCAAUUAUGUUUCGAGGGAAAUGCAUUUUGUUGCGGAUUACGUUUGCUCGUCAAGCAUCACAAACACGUUUGUAAUCAGUUAGUACAAAGUCUGCAUCAGUAAGACGGCGGGGGUCGGGGGGUGGUUGAGUCAAUCAACAUGCCUUUCAUUAGACGGACCUGAGUUCAAUACCAGUUCAGUACCAGUGGUGUUUGUUUCUAGGUAAUGUUCCUCUGCGUUACGUUAUGUUACGCUGCGCUACGCUGUAUUACAUUAUGUUGCAUUGCAUUACGUCACAUUUCGCCAUGUUACGUUAUGUUAUGCUGUGUUACAUUAUGUUACAUUACGCUGUCUUGUGUUACGUUGCAAUGCGUUACGUUGCAAUGCGUUACGUUACAGUGCGUUGCGUUACAUUAGGUUACAUUAUGUUUCAUUACAUUAUGUUGUGUUACAUAAUGUUACGUUGCAUAACGUUACGUUUUAUUGAAGUAAGUCAAACCUAACCUGAAUAACCUAAGUUGCUUUGGCACUAAAAUCUAACCACGUGACACUGACAUGCUAUUAAAGAGAGAGGGCCCAGUGUGCCUCAUUUGAGAAUGCAGUUUAAUUGUAUGGGAACCAGAUAUGUUGAUUAGAAAUGUAUUAGUGAUGCGUCAUAAACAAACACAAUCUGUGACAAAUUUGUUUCCCUCUAAACACAAUGGAGAAUGCAAUUUAGUUGUGUGGGAAUGCAAUUUUUAGGAGCCUGUGUUGCAAAAUGUUGGGGAAACAGUUUGGAGUGUGGUCCAUGUGAUAUUUCAGAGAAAUGUUUUACCCUCAUUGACUUGCCAGCACUGCUGAAAAUGUCCUCCUAUUCCUCCACAACAAAAACACUGCUGCAAGGACUUUUGGGUAUUGACUGAAUGGGCUGUCAGAACAGGCUGUUUAAAACAUGACCUUAAAAUCUCUGCUUUCUCUAUCAGUAGUAUUUUUUAAUGUGAAUGAAUUUGCUAGGACUACAGCUGUGAUUUAACGGGUUUGUUGGGAAUCACAGAAUGGACAUAGUUCUCAGCAUGGACAUCACAUGAGAACCUGCAGGACAAUAUUAUAAAAGCAACGUAAAUAUUUCCAUUAAGGAAGGACAUGCAGUAUUGUGAGAGGAAAAAACUGCCUGUGUGCCUUAUCAUGAGUGACGUCACACUUCUCCAUCUUUGAGGAGUGGAUUGUUUGACCUGGAGUUACUGCUUAACUAUUUGGUCACAUGUUCCGUUUACUUGGUCACUGAUUUCUUGCCUAAGAUCCUGCUCUUGCCGACAGUUUGAGCUUUAUAUCGCAUUUUACCUUCUAUUUGUAUUGGAUUUUUACUGUCUGAUUCUCUGUGUCUAUUGUCAGCGUGGGAAAACACAAUUGUGCAACUGACAGACUGCUUUCAUUUACAUCCCAACUUUGCUUUUCAAUAAAGUUGUAUUUGUUCA